GUUCGGGCAUAGUUUGGUACUCAAUGACCAUUUUUUUAUUGUUUUAUGGGGGCAAACAUGAUGGAAAGGAGCCAGAACCCUGGGCUGUCAAAACCAUCUUAAACAAAACUGGCAUAGUAUGAGCAGCAAGUGCUCGCGACCAGAACACCAGAAUCAGUGGUACGCCGAGUAGUUCAGAGGCACGGCGCAGCAUGUCAGCCUGAGUAUAUGAUAUGAGAUAAAGAAGUAAAGAAGUAAAUAUAUAUAUUAAUCUAUGACGUCAAUGCGCCAAAAUACACUAUAGAGGGAAACACUGGAGUUAUUAAGGUGUUUUCAUCAGCAGCUGAGUAUUUUGCUAAUAAAUCUGUACUGCUGUCACAGACUGCAGCAGAAGCUUAGCCACCAGCUCAGUAAUGGCUGCUACAUAAAUUGGCUCAACACAUAUAAAAACCACCUGCUGGAUUUAUUAAUACCAUCUUUGGCUGCAACACUACUCAAACAGAUACUGAAGCACUGCCCCGGUAAAGCAAAUAACCAACAACUUUUAUGGAUUUAGAGGAGGACACUGGGCUGGCAGCGAUAUAUUUUUUUGUAGGGUGGUAGGGUAAAGCCCCGCCUCCUUCGCCUCUGAUUGGCUAGAAAAGGUAGAAACGUCAUCACACGCUCAUGGUAAACGCGGGCUGUCGGCUCUGUACAUCGGACAGAACACUACAGAACAUAAUCGCACUUCUGAAUCUGCUAACCCUAACCCGACAGACGAUGACAUUUCACAGUCAUGAGGAAUAACCAAUCGGAGCCCAGCACUUCUAGCCAACCAGAGGCAAAGGAGGGUGGGACCUUCCCUUACCAUCCUAAAAAAAAAUAAUACUAAAGACUUCAGGGGCUGGCAAACAGAUUUUGAGGAGGGCCAUGGCCACCUCUGGCCACCCCUGGCUCUGCCCCUGCCAAAUCCUUAUUCUUUUGCUGUAAUAACAAAUCUUUACUAUAAUUCCGGUUGGCUCACUAGUUUAUAAUUUACUGGAAGUUAAAUAAGCAACUACAGAAUUUAACAGUACUUAAAAUGAAGUAUCAGGAUAUGAUCUCAGCCUCCACAGUCUAACGGCACAGCUGCUCUAUGAGGCUGAUGAUGGGUCCAAGUGUUGCAGCUCUCCGUCCGUCCUCAGGCUCCUCUCAGCUUUACAUAAAGCGGCUUGUAGGUUUUAGUUUUGAAUAACUUCCUGACAGUUAAAAGUCCCCCUCGCCACACUCAAUGUUGCACAGGCUAGUUUGCAUAGAUACCGUCCCUGCUUCCGGACUUUUUUUAUAACAUGUAGACCAUGCAUAUAAUGCAAGUUAACUUUUACUUCCUUGUACACACAAAUAGAGGAACUGACCGUUUUGCGGCUGGCCUUUUUGUCAACACUCUACACCCUCCACAGCUUCAUUUCAGUACUUACAAACAUGAGCAGAUAGAAAACAGGCUUACGGGGUGGAAAGGAGUCGAUAUCACGUUUAAGGUAAGUCUGAAACUUUUCUGAAAAUGUCUGUAAAUUCGUGUUUUGUUGACUGCGGGGUUACUGAGUUGAUCCAGAAGCUGAGGGGAAAUCCGCUUUUUUCUGUCGCUGUGGCAGAUCUGCUGGGCUGCAGAUGAUCUAACCGGGCGUCUUCAGUCCACCUGCUGUACACAUUUACACUUUACUAUUCCCAUCUACCAUGAAAGAGACAAUUACCAUCGCGAAGUCGCUCAGCAUCGUAGAUUAUCACGAACAGUGCAGGUGUAUCAAAAUAAACAUUCAACAUGGUGAUGUGGACUACAUGCAUCUCUGGGUCAACAUCUGUCAGCGACCUAAGAACUAUGGUUUAAACAAAAAGUGGUAUCACACAGAGACAGCUCAGUCCAUAAAAACAUGAGAUCUAAAACCUCACACUUUUAUUUUAUCCCCUCAAGACUCAUCCUCUGACAGCUUAGAGAAAAUAUUGCUAUUUAUGAGAGGCAACAAGCCUACUGUUGUGACUAUAAUUUUAUUUUUUUGGAUCAGUUGACUAACUUUGAUAAUCAUAUAGCUCUACUGAGAUGUUUUUCUUUUAAAUGGGGGUUAAUGAAAUGAUGUUAGGGCUGCAUGUUGUCCCGUCUUCUAUUAAAAACUGUCUUGACAGAUGAACCCCCUGAAAUAGUCAUAUUUUAAGUCUUUGACAGAUUGCAUAUCUUACUACUUGCAAAACCAGGAACUCUCAAGAAAGGUUUGCAUGUUAAGCUAAAAAUUAACAGUAAUACUGUUUCUAGGUCACUAGAUAAAAACUAGGUAAGAGUUUAAACACCUGUGACAGGCUGUAAACUCUCCUAUUAGUAUGUUCAUACCAAGAAGUUUUUGCAAUGUCAGAAUAUAGAAAAGCCAAAAUUUCAUUACAAACUAUUGAACUUCAGCAAGAGCUUUCACCAACACGGCCUCAUGAAAACCUUGUGGUGUUUUUGUUACAUACCUGAGAUUGCAGUGGAAAUAACAAUCAUGGUAAUGUUGUUUCAUUUCAUCAUUAAUAAGAGUUUUGGGAAGUUGAAUUCCUUGGUGACUACAUCCUUUCCAAUUAUUUAUUGCACAUAGAUUACAGCAAAAAAUAAAAUUUAAGGUAGGGAUGGGCGAUAGAACGAUAAUGAUAUACAGUAUAUCAAAAAUUAAUUUCCCUCGAUAUCGAUAUGAAACAUGGUCAAUAUGCUUUUCGAUAGCCGUCGUUCUGCCAUGUUUUGGUAGACUAUACAAAUAGCCAAUAAAAAGGGGAGUUGCUGCGACCAUUCAAUCUGCUUUCUCUAGCUCAACGCCUUACAACAAAAGUCAAAGUGACACAAAGACCUCACAUAUGCAGUAGCUUGUUGUAUUGCAAAAGACAUGCUACCAAUAAGCACUGUUAAAUCUUAUUUAAGAGUAACAGGGAACAUUUACGAUUGACAAGUGAUUUUUUUUAUAUCGUGAUAUAUAUCGAUAUCGACUGAUAUGAAAAAAAUAUAUAUAUGUUGUGAUAAACUUUUUCCAAUAUUCCCCAGCCCUAAUUUCAGGAUUCAUAUCAUUGUAGUUGGUAAUACCAAGCAAGCGCAUUACUCACAGAACAUCAAACUGGGCCCUACACAACCCCAAACAAGACCCGAUUGACGUAAUGUUUCACCAACGUUGAACGGUUGAUGUUUAUAUCAUUCUAUUAAUGUCAGAAUCUGAAAAUUAAUUGGCACCAGUAUUAGUUCAUAUUAAAAGAUUUAAUUCUUGACUGAAAGUGACAUAUCAACGUUCUUCAAACUUUUGUGCAAUCACAGCAAGUGCCUUCAAUAAUCUAAACACACAAUGAAAUAUUAUGUCCUGCUUUCUGUGCUUUAAUGUAAUUGCUCAUAAAUAUCAGGCAUUAUCUUUGAAGUUAAUAAUACACAAACAUCCUCAAAGGAGAAAAAAAAUUGUCAGUUCAUUUCAGUAAGAAUAUUUGUUUAAAUUUUAUUUUAUGCAAAUUAUUAUUAUCAUUGAUUUCAGCUGUUGCCACCAAGUCUGGAGCAUAGCAGACGUUUCUGCAGUGUCAUGGGAAAGACAUGUCAGACCAUAGACUGUGUAAUAAAUGGACAUUGCGUCAGUGACACCAACUAUUUGUUUGUGGAGUAAAACUUUGAAGCCACAAUACUGGUAAUGCUGACUCAGCAUAACUUUUGGUCGACCUUUUAACUAGUGUGUGCCUGCCUAUCAGUCAAGGCAGGUGUGGCACUCAUUUGCCAAUCUAUAUAUAUUUCAAAAGAGGGGAUCCAAAAUAAACAAAUAAAAAUACUAAAACACUCCCCACAUAGCAGGCACAUGACUGGACCUGAUCUACUUGGACCACGACCCGUUUUUUGAACCGGACUUAAAAAAUUGGCUUUUUUGAUUUACCGUGGAUGUGGUUUCUAGAGCCUCUUCAAGCAGGCACUCAACUGCAGUUUUUAGCACUUCCACAUCUCCUCAGUUUGUUGAGACCAGAGGUUUCAGACGCUGCUCCCGCUCUCGUUUGAUUGAUCAGAGCGUCAGGAAACAGAAAAUAAAGUCAUGAUUAGUGGAGUAAACCCUCCUGUUUAAAAGCCUCAGGAGCAAGUUAAGUUUCCACAAAAGUAUACAUUAUCAUGUAUUUAAUACUUCCACCUCUUUUUUAUUUUAUGAUCUUCCAUGGGUUACUAGUCUAUGAAAUAAUGCUUCACCAAUGAACUAUGACCUUUCAGACACAUUAUCAUUUCCCUCUCAAUCAUAAAUCAAUGAACUGAAAACACUGUCAGUUAUAAUGAGAAUAUUAAUGAUCACUGUUGAUUCAACAUUGCUAUCUACAACGCUACUUUCUCGCCAGGUGUCAUUGUUUCUGUGACUGUAAUGAUCCUGGGUAAAAAGCAGGAUUGUUUUAGUCCCAUUUUGCUAUCUGUGUUGGUUUUCCAACAUAUCGGAUGCUCAAAAAUUUGUUGUUCGUGUACAUCUACAAAAACCGCAUUUGUUUGUAUCAAUUUUUAUGCCCCCUGCAGACAAAGUGACACCUCUCAUCUCAUGUCUUGUGCACGUGAAAGCAGUGUUUUUUCAGACAAAAUUCUCAUCUAGUUGUCUUAUAACAGUGUCAUGUGUCACACAAUGUGAGAAUUUGCUAUGGAAAAAGUAAAACAAGACUUUGCUUUCAACCAUCCAGUCUGUCACCCACCCACCCCCUCACAGCAGUUUCAGGCACUACAACUGCUAACAGAGAAUUUAUCAGGCCUGUUGCUGAUGGUCUGCUCUGCUUCUGAAGAUCAUGAGGUGAGGAGGCAUCAGUAAUAGUUUCAGUAACAUUGGUAAACAUGUAUGUAAAUUUCCAAUAAUACAAUAAAUAAUUAAUUAAUAGACUUUUUUUUUUAAAAUGCAUGAACUCUCAAGUAAUGCUAUAUUGAUUUUGUUAUUUCACUAUUGAUGCAAGAAUUGUCUCAAAAUGGGUCUCUCUGUGAUAUCUGACAAGCAUCUAUGUUCCUGGUUACCUGCGUGACCUGUGCCGCCCCAUCUGGUUUAUGAUUCAUGGCUGGAGCAGCAACACUGGUAGUUUGUUGAACAGCACAACUUUGCAUCAGUAAAAAGCAAAUCAACUCUGAGUGGAUUUCAGAAAAGCUGUGGUUUUUCUCUGCAUACUCACACAUUUCCUUUGAGCUCCCACCUUCCAAGGGAACAGCUUUGCAGGGAGCUAAACUAACUUACACAGUAAAUAAGCAAGCUAAUGAAAGUUAGGUUGUUAAGUGUUGGCUUGCAAAUAUAAGAAAACCAUGCUGGUAAAGAACUGGUUACAUCUCCACGUCCCAGCACAUGUUGACCUUUUUUUUUUUUUUUUAGGCCACUUUCUUUUCUCUUCACCACAGUAUCAUCUGACCUUUACACACUUAUUUGAUCAAAGAUUAUUUUUUCUGCCUUUUUUGCAUUUGUAAUUCUAUCCGUUGCCUGGUGAAUUUACAUUAUUGAAAAAAAGGAAAUCUGAUCUCCUUUGGUUGAAGUAGAUAGUUUGUAGGUGCCUGUAUUUUUGCAUAUACAUUGAAGGUCUUGCGUGGAUGGAAUUACAUUUAUACCAAAGGCCGAGCAAAUAUGAUAACAAUCGUCAGAGUUGAUCAUUGUCACAUUCUUGUUUAACACAGCUACUUAUGUAGCUGUGUGGGUAUCUUGUUGCAUACUUGACAUGACACAUUGCUCUGUAACACCUUGAGUUACAUCACUGUAUAAGCUUUGUAUGAGCGUCUGUAUGACUAUGAAGGAAUUUGUUAGUCUAAAUAAGGACACAGUUGCUUCAGGAGGGACAGUCCCUUCAUACAGGAUGACCAAAGGCUUCAGCAGCAAAAAAACACAGAGAAGGCUAUGUGAUAUUUUCUGUUCAUCAUUAUUUCAUUGAGUACUUUCAAGGAUACUUUUUAGCUCUUAAAUGUAUACAUGCAGUGAAGAUUGAAACACCCAGGAUGUUUAAUAUAUGGCAUAUGUUGCAUCAGGUUGAUGAAGCUGCGGUAAUUUUUAGUUUGACCUUCUUUUGUUUUUUAAUGACCGUCUAAGCACUGUCUUAAACUUAAGAAUACAAAAUGACAUACUUUGCAACGAUUACAGGAAAUCAACAAGAACAAGACCCUGGGGGCUGCGUAGCGUUUUGCAUCAGCUUGUUGGCUUUAUAUCUGCUGUGGUUUUGUCUCUAAUUCUUUUAGCAGAACUCUUCCUUUGAGACUGUUUUUUUAAACAUAUUUAUAAAUAUAUAUCUCUGGACAUUUGCCAGUAAAAUAUAAGAUAAAGCUGUCGUACCAGUUAAACACACUCUUGACUCUGAAAGUGUGUAGGCUACACAUGGCGUCGUAAGUCACGCUGGUUUAUUCUGCUGCUUUGUUCAACGUUUUUUUAAGAAACCAUUUAAAGUGAAGGUCAAUUAUUUUAACCUAAAUGAAGGAAAAAUGCAUCUUGUGUUUUGACAGUUAACAGGCAGCGCUGUAAUUUGGCACGUAUGCAAUGAAAAAUAUCGAUUUUUAACACUAUAGAGUGACUAAUUAAACCAAGAGAAGAGGCUAGAGGUGAAAGAAAUGGACUGAAUUAGAAAGGAAGUAUGCAGAGAAGACAUGCAGAAGUUUUUAACGCUGCUGUUGUUUCUUGGGGAGGAGACACAAAGUAUUCAUACAGCUCUAAUAAGUGUAGGGUUAUCAGAUUGUAUUUUUGUCAUUAAUACCAUUUUAAAGCCCCUGUAAGGUGUUUCUGUCCAGUUGUGAAACAGAUUGCAAUUGGUACUUAAAUCUCUUUAUGGACUGAAAAAGGCAAACAAGGCCAUAAGUAACAACUAAACAAUUUCUUAAGGGUAAAAUUUAAUGACUCAACUACUGUGGGGGGAUAGGUACCAGAUAAUACUACCGACAUGUGUAAAGGAUGAAUCAGCAUGGUGAUAAAAACAGCAUCAUUGCUCAAAGCAGUGCCAAAAUUUACACAAACAGAAAGUUCCUCACAACAGCUUUUGAAUACAAACUGAUAUCUGAUGAUAUUAAGGCUAACAGUUUAGCAUGACAGGGACAGGUGACCUGACUGACAGGUGGUCUUUAUUGAUUAUUUAAAACUUUUUUCAAAUUAAUAAACUGCAUGAAUGUGUUGGAGAAAGAGGAAGGCUGUAAAAAAAAAAAAGGAAAAAAAGACUUGCUGUAAAUUUGACGUGUGAAACUUCCACCCACUCAUCUGAGCAGUUUUGAUGUCAGCUUCCUCUGGAUGUCUAAAAAAGAACUCAGACAUGGUGAGAAAGGUCAAGCAACAGCUCUUUGAAACAGCUCUUUGUGGCAUUUCUUUAGAAAGACAUAAGUACAAGUUGACGUGACGGACGUGUAAGUUCGAGAUGUUUUGUUCCUAAAAUAUUUGCUCUGUUUUUGUCUUGACCUGCAACUCCAAAUUCAACCUUUAUUUCAAGCCUCUAGCAGAGUUAAACUAAAACUAAGGAAUAAGAGAGAGCAGUGUGAUUAAGAGUUGUGUCAGUUAAAGGCAUAUCUGACCUCUGACUAAACCUAAAGCUGCACACAUACCAAAAAAUAGAGCCUGCAAGUUUUUGGUGACAGCUACAACAAGAUAAAGGUCUUUUUUUAGAUGACUGCAUGACUGGUCCAAACACACAAAAAACUGCACAUGAAAUCUGACACGUAUCAGUAUAACUCUUGUAGGUGACUCAACCUGUAAUGAUCAGCUACUUCAGACAAUUUCUGUUGCUUUCAUCUAAAACAGAUCUUUUUUUUUUUUCAUUAAAUCUGAGUACCUCCUUUGCAGCUAUAUUUCAUGUUUGUUUUCACUCAGUGUGAGGGACUCCUGCUUCUGGCUGUCCUUCUAUGACGCAUGUCAUUUUAAAGCCAUGUCAAAUCACGUUUAGUCUGACUUGUCUCUGUAAACAGAAUGAACACUACACAAUUUGGACACAAUUUUACAAACAGAUUUUGGAAAUGAUUUUUCACUGUUCUCAUUCUUAUCACUGGGAGUUGAGAUUUGUGCAGAGAUCUCUUAGUUUAGCUCACUCUGUCCAUUAACACAGUUAGAUAGAGAAAGUUACUUGAAACCCUGUAUUUAGCUGUUUGUGUUGAUACCAUUAACCUCGUGUAGGCUGAUGUAGUCUUUCAUGUUACCUUUAACCCUUCCAUGUGUCAUUGUUUUAUUGAGUAGAUACUUGUCAUCUGUGUUUGCACCGGUGUAGUGGUUACUAAAGCUGAGCAAUCCCCCAAUGUAUUUGGCCUUGAGUCUGAAUGUCUCUCCUGCCCUGUCUUAGCUGCAGAGAUGUCCGGUUGGGGCCAGCAGGGCGAGAUGACGGAGUACAAGAAGAUUCUGAUCAAACGGGACCUGGAGAUGGGCGUGGUCAUGACGGUGUUUCGGCAGAAGGCCGAAAGGCUCACUGUGCAGGUCAUCAUGGAGACCCGGCAGGUGGCUUGGACACGCACCGCAGACAAGACUGAUGGUGUCUGUGAGUAUAACUGUGGUGAAAUAACUGCUAUGUCAACAAUUUUUUAUUUUAUAAUAAUAAUGCAUCAGAUUUUAUAGCGCUUUAUCAGAGACCCUCAAAGCGCUUUACAUUGGAUACAUCAUUCAUUUGCUCACACAGUCACACCCUGGUGGUGGUAAACUACCUUAGUAGUCACAGCUGCCCUGGGGUAGACUGACAGAGACGUGGCUGCUACUUUGUACUUAGGGCCUCUCCAACCACCACCACACUACACUCACUAUCAUACACCAGUGGAUGGAGGACACACACUGGGAGAAAGAUGGGUUAAGUGUCUUGCACAAGGACACAACAGAUUGACUUGGGACAGGGGGGGAUUGAACCGCCAACCUUCCAGUUAUUGGACGACCGGUCUACCUCCUGAGCUACUGCUGCCCCAUAAUCUAUUGUUUAUUGUUUUUCAUAACUUUUUUAUAUCAUUAGAAUUAAGUUUUGCAACACAAAUUCCCUGAAAUAAGAUUUAACUAAAGCUACUUUUGUGGUUUUCUUGUCCAGUGUAUUGUAUUAGUUUUUACAUUCAUUGAAGAGAUGAUGAGUUCAGGGAUGUUGACAACUUCCAGGCUUUGUUUCAGACUCUGACUUUUGACACUCUGGCUGUGACUUGACUUUGACUUUUUCCUAUUUUACCUGAAGCCACCACUCCUCUUAUUUUACCAUCUAUCUACUUUAACAAUAACCUGCUCCACAAAUGCAGGCGAACCUUCCAGUGCCCUUUGGUUGCAGCUGCACUGGAGACAUUGUGCAGCAUGCACUGUCAUUGAAUUCAGAGGAACUCAUUUCGCUCAUAACAUUGCAUCAUGACAAGGGUUAGUGGUGCAGUUGCAAAGUCUUUGGGCCAGUGUUACAUCACAUUUGUAGAAGCUUAGAGUAGUGUGCAUUUUUGAUUUGUUUGUUCGCCAGCGUCACAGAGCGUUGCGACAAGCCUGCUGUUACUGCCGUUACUUAAACUGUGACACUGUAAGAGUUAAAGGUGUAAAAAGAAUUUUAAAAAAAAUCAGAUUUUUUACCUUUAUUGCACGACUGUGACAACAGGUGCCAAAGACAAUGAUUUCCAAACAGCCUGCCACCUCCUUCAAAGAUUAACCCACAAAUACAAUGUUUGUGUGCGGUUUCAGUGGACCUGUUUGAGAUCAGAGAAGUUCGUCCAGGGAGGAACUCGAAGGACUUUGAUCGUUUUAAAGAUGGCAAAGACAAACACGAGGAAAAUUCCUGUUUCACAAUCUUCUAUGGAUCACAGUUUGUCCUCAACACCCUAAGUCUGGGAGGUGAGAUGUUUAUGUGUUUUAAACUGUGUGCUAUAAUCAGACUCAAUACAGGAUUUUACUUUAAGAAUAAUGUUUUUUUUCACCGUAGUAAUGCCUAAUUUAAUGUUACAUACACCAAUACGAAUAAUAAGUACUGCUAAGAACUAAAACCAGGUAUAAUUCAUUUUAAACCUUCAAUAUGUAACUCUGUGUAAAAAUACUGCAUUUCUUCCUUUAAUAAGUGCAAUAAAAACAUUUUCAAACACCUUUUGCCAUGAGUAAUGUAUUGAAUGUCAAACAAAGAGCUCUAUGACAGAGUACUACUGAAACCUGCUUAUCAUCCCACACAGCGAAAUAUUUGUUUAGUGCUGUAUUAACAUCGGUUUUAUUUCCAUAUUGCCAGCUGAUUCUGUGGAAGAGGCACAAAAAUGGCUGGUAGGACUGGAGCUGCUAAGACAAGAGACACUGGCUGCGCCUACUCCAGUUCUUAUAGAGAGUUACACACACACACACACACACACACACACACACACACACACACACACACACAAAAGCUUACCUGACCAUCAGUGGACUUCUGAAAACUUCACCAGAGUGUGUUACACAUGAUUUUGGCAAGAUUUAUAGCAUGACCAAGAGGGGACCUAAAAAAUGUCCCCUGUUGGCUAUGUGGUCCCCUCUUGGUGAAAGCGUUAUUGCGCCAAGUUCCCCUCUUGGAUAGGUAGGAAAGUCCACACAGACACACACACACACACAAAUGUGCAGAGCAGUAAUUGGAGGGGAAACAUACAGCAUAUAGUCGUGGUUGAUAGUAAGCUGCUAAGAAGAAGACUGCAGCUUUCACACAUAGCAUGCACGCCUAAACCACUACGCUAACUGCACCUCAUGAAUAUUUCUUUCUAACGCAUUCACUUCAAGCGCUUUUGUCUCUUUGACAUGAGGAACCAUCAUAACUUAAUAUAGGUCAUAACAGUGUUUACUUACAAUUUUACUCAUGGGAACAGGCACUCAUAUAUCUGUAAAGUUAAAGGUGGUCGACACUCAUCCCUCUGAUGAUGUUUGUGUGUUUUUUCCCUCCAGUUGGCUGAGGAAGCAGAUGUACUCUGUUAAUCAGACGAAAACCAACAGGUAUGAUCUGGUUAUUCUUUCACACACUGUCCACAAAUCAGAACACCUUUGUUUGUUACCUUUUGUAUUAUAUGAUGUGAAAGAGUUUUGAAAUGAGUACAUUUUACUUUCAAAGGAUAGUGAAUUUUUUCUUUUCCAUGCAAAUGUAGAAACUUUUCAUACUGACUACUUCAAUUAUACUUUAUAUAUAUAUAUAUUUAACAGUAUGUGUGAAAAUAAAACACACUCAAGAAGUCCAACAUUAAGUGUAGUACAACUUCACUUUCACAGUUCACACUUUGAGACACUGUAAAUUGCUGAUUGAAAAGAUGGUUUUGCUGUUGUCCUCACUCUCUUUCAACUAAGUGUAGGGUUUAAGUGAUUUUUGAGCAAUCAAUUGCUGUUUCAUCCCAACUUUUUUAGGGAUGUACAUCUAAUCAGCCUUUUAUUUUUCUUUCCAGUAUCUCCAUAAAGGAGCUCAAGGCUCUGCUCCCUUUGCUCAACUACAAGGCCCCAGGCACCCGAGUGCUCAAAGACAAAUUUCAGGUACUUUCCUUAUGCAUUUGUCAAUGUUAUAUAGAAUAUAAGCUUUAAAAUCUGAUCAGAUCUACUUUUAACAUUAGACAUUUCUUUUAAUCGAACCCAUAAAACUUUUUUUUCAACUUUAAGGUAUUGUAUGUGAAAUAACAAGAAGACAGCAGUCAGUAUUGAGACCUUAGAAGUUUGUAUUGCCCGUGUUAUUUCCUGUCAGCUGUUUGAACACAGACCCUGCCUGACCUUAGCUGUCUGUGGGUUUAUGAAAUAUCUCAUCAGAUUAUGCCAAAAGAAGUCCCUCUAUAAGCCUGAGCUGAUGAAGGUGGACUGUACAGAGCAGAGAUGUCUUCAUCAUUUCCAUGCUCUGCUUCAUUCAUUUUUGUUGUUUGGACAAUCAUGCUUUAUGUCAUCUUACGUAAAAGCCACGUCAGCAGAAGCUUAUGAAAUUUUGCGCAAGAAAGCUAUCCUCCAUCUAUUUUAUUAUCAUGCUGUGUUUUUGCUGUUGAUGUUUGUUACAUAAUGUCGUUUAAAACAUGAUGAAAAACAGUAGAUACAGUAGAUGCUGAAGUUUUACAGCUGGGCUUAAACACAUAAUCCAGUUAAAACUGACCUAAAUCAGCCAGUACAACAAUGAAAGCUUUUUACAGAUUUUAGGGAAAUGAAGCACUUAAAAAUUCUGUAUUUCUGUGAUCUUGUUGUCUCAGUCAGCGCUGGUGUUUUCCUCUUUUACAGGAAAUCAGAGCAAAAAAAGACAAGCUUGACUUUGAGCAUUUUCAUAAAUUUUACAACCAUAUAAUGUUUGACCAGAAAGAGGUGAGUCUGAAUUUAUUCAAAGUGAAACUGAAUGUACGUCAUUGCACUUCUCCAGCAUUUUCAUUACUGUUAUUUUUCAACACAGAUACUUGACGAGUUCAAAAAGGAAUCCUGUGCUUUUAUUCUGGGGUGAGCUUUUGUUUUUGUCUUAGUUAGAGAUUCAGUCUCUAUGAAGUAUGACGUGAUUAUAAAGCAGCCUUUUUAGUCACUUUGAAAAUAGGUCAGUUUGGUUUACGUGUUUGUUUGUUCGCUUUAAUUUCGCAGUAACACAGAUAAACCAGAUGCGUCAGCAGUUAUGCUUCAUGACUUCCAGAGGUUCCUCAUCUACCAGCAAAAGGUACGAUUGAUACUAAUGUAUGAAGUCCAAGAACAUAUCAAGUUGUUUACCUGCUCUUUUUUUACUUGUUUUAUUUCUUUUUGGUCCAAAAUGUGUUGCACUUUUCUGGAAAAGUGCUGCAUAAAGUUACUUUGUUUUUAUGAUUAUUUACGAAAGAUGAUUUCUGGCAUUUUGGACUGACAUUGUUUAAAACCUCUAACUUUUUAAAGGGACAUUUCUGUGAUACAGAAACACAGUCCAGAGUUUUCUGUAAUGUUUUUCAUAUUUUGUCGCAUUAUCCCUUCAGGAGCUUUGGGCCAGUGAUCUGAACAAGGUCAGAGAACUAAUGACCACCUUCAUUGAUGACAUGAUGAGGAAAACCAACGAUCCCGAGUUCACUGUCAGCGAGGUACUCCGAUCUGUCUGCAUGUUUUAACAGACUCUGAUACAUACAGCUCUUAGUUUAAAGUGAUGUUGUCAUAUUAAGCCUCUUGGCACUGAGUAGGCUUAGGCUUAGGCCAUUGCUCAGGAAGAAAAACUGUUUGAGGAUGAGAAUAUUGUCUAAAGGAAUAAAGCGCCACACAGGCUGUGUAUAAUAAGUGUGUGUUUGUUAAAACUUUGCCGAUUUCUGUUUUAGUUCCUCAGCUUUCUGUUCUCCAAAGAAAACUCUGUCUGGGAUGAGAAGUUCUCCGAAAUCAAAAAUCUGGACAUGAACAACCCUCUGUCUCAUUACUGGAUCAGCUCCUCACACAACACGUCAGUGUGACUAUGUACACACACACACACACACACACACACACACACACACACACACACACACACACACACACACACACGCACAACACGGGCUGCAAUCUAGCUCUGUGCAGUUUUUUGGCAUGCAGCGCAGGAAUUAUUAUUUUCCUUCACUCGUCAUUUUUCGGCCCAGCCCCCACAAUGUUCAAAUUGUGAGUAAACUUGCUUCAUCUUUAGCACCCAUGAGUGUGUUGGUCUCAAACUGGGGUGUGGUGAACUGCAAAGCUGGUGUGUUCCUUUUUUGAGGAAGCAGAAAACAUUCGCGCCUUGGAUAUGCAAAAACCUGGUCUGACGUCUGAAGUCAGAGCUUCAGUGAUUUCCUGAUGUUUAGAGGAUGCGUUAGUGAGAGAAGUCACAUGGUGUAUUCCUGCAUUUAGUAUUCACAUACAAAAAUGUGCAGCUGCAUGCCCACAAAUGAGGAAAAAUUCACCCUGUAUGUUGUACUAGGUCUACAGAGUAGAAGAGGAUGCACUGAUUGGCUAAAUUCAUGUGACAUCAUGAUAAUCAAGGGACCUGAAUUUUUUCAUCUGAAUUUUAGAUGAUUGAAAUGAGGUCCACAGAGUAUGUGGUGUGUGUUUAUAGUACCUGGUUAGUGAUAGAUGGACCAAAACCAACGUAAGGUGGGAGUUAGGAGACAGAAUGGAUUCAAGCAAGGAUGAAAGAUAGUUUGGAUAAUCAAGUUAUAAGUAAAAAUUAAAAUGUAUAUGUUUUAUUUCAGUGAAAAUUCACUAACAUGUCCUUUUUGUUGUUAUUCAUCAUCAGAUACCUGACAGGUGAUCAGCUCCGCAGUGAGUCAUCCACAGAGGCUUAUAUCCGCUGCCUGCGUCUGGGAUGUCGCUGCGUUGAAUGUGAGUGUAUUUUUAUUGAGUCUCCCUGGCUCUGAACACUUGUAUAAUCAAAAAUAAUUUUGCAAAAAAUGUUGCUGUCUUUUUGUCUUUAUUGACUCGGAAUCAUUUCAGUGGACUGCUGGGAGGGACCAGGGGAGCCGAUCAUCUACCAUGGCUGGACCAGAACCACCAAGAUCAAGUUUGAGGACGUGGUCAAAGCCAUAAACAAUCACGCCUUUGUCGCAUCAGAGUGAGAAUCAAUAAAUGUGCUUUCCUUUAUUUUUCAAACUUUAUGAUAUUACACUUACACACAGAUACAUAAACAUGGAGUACAUUCACGAAAAACAGUUUUUCACAGACAGACGACAUUCAUUUUUCUCUUUUUUGCACAUAUUAAGUUUUUUUUUUAAUUUUAUGAAACUUUGGUGUGUUCUUACUGCUUAAACAAAUUUUUAAAGCACUCCAAAUGGCACUUAAAUGAAAUUUUAAUUAAUAACAUUAAAACGUAACUCAGGAGAGUUACCUGCUGAACUUAGUUCUUUUUUUUUAUAAAGAAUUAUUUAUUUCUAUAGACUAUAUUGUAUUGAAGUUGAAGUUUGAAGAUAACCCCCUUGAUGUGGAUAAAGCCACUAAUGUUUAACUGUCUCGUCAGACCUGCAAAAGUUUGUGUUUUCUGAAAAUAACAGCAGCUGUAUCAGGUCAACUUCCCUCUUAACUAUAAUUAUUUAUAGUUAAUAUUACUAUUAACGCUGCUGUAGCCUGUACUGUGUUGUGGUUUGUGGUCACUUUGACUCUGCUUUCUUCAGCUUGGUUGUUCGUCGUUGUCAGCAGGAAGACAUGAACAUAUCAGCUGAUAUUGGUCCUAUGUUAAACAUGUUUGUGUACUGUCUGUCAUUAAUAUUGGUUUUACUGUGCAGUGUCUGUGUCUGAAUGUUUAUUGUGUCAGUGGUUAGUAAAAAGGCUAAUCAAAGCUCUUCGGCCCUAUCAUACACUUUGCACUCAUGUUUUGACAUGCAGUGCAAGUGUGACUGUCUUUUCUACCAAAUGCAGUUGUUGGUUCUACCCCCAGCACCCAGGUUGUCUAAAUAGCAAGUGCAUUCUUGCCUGUGUUGGUGCCUGUGGUUGCGUUGGUCUUAAAAUGAGGCAUAGUUAGGUGCAAAGGUGGUUGAUGCUAUCUUGGAGGAGCCAAAAGUGUCUGAGCCUUAGACCAACACAGUGCUAGAAAGCUAGUGCUUAUCAAAAGGUGCAUUAGUAUAACAGGAUGAAUGGCAGAGGAGUUCACAACAUGCUGUCCUUUACCUUUUAUGCAAAGAGAUGCACAGCAGCGUUCAUUCUCAUGUAAAGUUAUUUGUGUUUUUUCGCUUUAAAGCGAACAGAACAUUUUGUUUGAACUGACUGUAUAUGAAAGCCCCCCCCAUAUUUCCCUGAUAUGGUGAUAUUUGUGUUUGUCUCUCUCUCUCAGGUUUCCGUUGAUCCUGUCCAUAGAGGAGCACUGUCCCAUCGAGCAGCAGCGUCAGAUGGCUCGUAUCUUCAAAGAGGUCUUUGGAGACAAACUUCUGACUGAACCUGUGGAACAACUGGCAGAGCAGCUGCCUUCACCUUCACAGCUGAAGGGCAAGAUCAUACUAAAGGUACCAUGUGUGUAUAAUAUGCAUGGAUGUGCACAUAAUUCUUCUUUGUUGUGAUACAUGGUCAUUUCUUCAUUUCUGUUUUCUUAUGCUGUCCUUUUGCAGCACAAGAAACUGAGCGUGGAGGGAGGAGGAAUCACUAGAGACUUCAGGAAAGGACAGAAACAGGGGGAUCUUGAGCUCUGGGACCCUGUCGAUCAGGUACUGCCAUGAUGGCAUGCAUUUUCUACCUUUAAGCUGACUGGUGGGAUCUGUUGUCAUCACACUUGAACUGAAGUCUAAAUUGAAGAUUCAACAACAGCACUCAGCAGCAGAUUUGAAGACAGUAGACGUGAACAGGCCCUUGCACUCUUGUCUUAUAUCAGAAGUCAUCCUAAUGAUAUACUCGUGGUCCUUGGACCUUAGUUUACAGUUAGACCAGAAGUAGUCCUGUGUCUGCCAUGUCAAGGAGCAUCCUGAAUCUCUGUUGCUGCACAGAGGAGGCAAGAUCAAAGAGAGAGGAGGGAAUCUGAUGACUGAGAGGUUAAGGUGUACAGAAGAAGUCUUCAAUUAACCCUACCUACCUAGACAACACAAACAUAAGCUAUUCACUGAUAAUGUGGGCAGUUAGACUGGAUUGAAUCCUGUAUGGUUAUGCUCUCAUGGAAGAGGGCUUAACGUGACAUCGAAAGCAGUACCCUUACCAAAAAUAAGUAUGUUGAAGUGUACUUAAAGUAUGCUGUUUUUCAACUAAGUAUGCUUUUAGUUUACUUGUUAUGGACUUUUCAGAGAUAUACUUAUCAAAGUUAAUGUGAAGUAUACUUGACUUGUACUAAGAAUUAUACUAAAAGUCUAAUUAUAUUUAACCUGUUCUCAUACAUACACUUUUAAUCAAGAUAUACUUAAGUAUGUGUUUGUGCCUGAGGUGUAAGUGUACUUGGUCAGUGAAUACUUCCAUAUAUCUUUUUAAGAGUAUACUCAAUAAGAAUAUACUCUUGCUAUGGUCAGGGGUUCGAUCCUGACCACUCUGUCCUACCCAUAAGAAAAAAUAAAAAUAAAUAAAGGUAUGCUCUUUGGAGUGUACUUUUAAUAACUAGUAAACUAAUCUCAUACCAAUAAGUUUACUUUCAAGUAUACUUCAAGUGUACUUUUAUAAACUAAAAUUGGGCCAAUUUAGUCCCAAAAAGUUUACUUGUAAGUACAGUGGUAGUAUAUUUGUAUCAGUGUACAAAGUAUGCUUUGGGAAGUAUACUAAAAACUUCAGUAUACUUCAAAAAUUUUACUUUAAGUAUACCUUUUUUUGGUAAGGGUAAUGUCAACAUGUGUCAACAACAACAAGAACUACAUAUACCAACAUGCCUGUCUACUAUUAUCCUCCCCUCUGAUUCAUAACAGAGUAUACUCUAUGUCUAUGGUUUACUGGGCUAAGGUUUAAGGUGAACUGAGAGAUGCAUCAAAGCAUGGAUGAGUAUUAUUAUCUUUACUGUAUAUCAGUUUGUUUUUUUUUUACUUGCUGUGCCUAACAGUUUCAUGUCAACAAAUCUGUUACAACGCUAGCUGUUGCAGCAGUUCUCAGGAUCCUUGAGAAAAGCAGUAUCAUUGAAUCAAUUGCACUGUUGAUGAGGCAUAAUGAGCUACUGAGCUCAAAUAUUCAUUUAAACCUGAUAUCAUUGAAAGGAUUUCCUUUGUGAUAUUAAUAAAUCUACAAUUGGACCCAGUGAGCAGUAUCAGAUCAGUUGAAUGUGAAAUUUCUUUUCUCUCCCUCAGCGGUGGAACAAGCACUACUGCAUGAUCUCUGAUGACAAGCUGUACUACGCAGAGGAGUAUGAAGAGGAGGAAGAGGAUCCCAGAAAGGUAAAAGAGAGAAGGAGGUUUACAGAAAAAAAGUUGUUCUGCGUUGUUAAAGGAGUUUUUUCUUACUUCUCGUCCAAGAGUGUGGUCUUUCAGUUUGACAAUUUUUGUUUACUUGUGAAAACUCUUUUCCUACCCAUGGUUGUUUUUCAGUAUCGGGACCUGCUCAACACAGAGGGGUGGUUUUUUGGCCAAAUAACGGAUGGCAGACGCAUGGCAGAGCGGCUGAUCCAUGAUUACUGUCGGGAAACCGGGGGAAGAGACGGCACCUUCCUGGUCAGAGGCAGUGAGACCUGCCUUGGCUACACGCUCUCCUUCUGGUAUAACAUACAGUUUCUGUUUUCAAGCCCAUGUUAUUGAAUUAUCAUAGAUCUGAGUAUGAGCCAGCUCAGUUCACUACUUGAAAUUACUAAAAGUAGGGCUGCAAUAUUUCUCUCUUCUGUAAUAUUAAUUGCAAUAUUAUAAACAUAUUAAAUCUGUUCAACAAUGUCUUUUAUCCUUUUCUCAAUGGAUUAUAUUUUUCAAACAAGGAAGUUAGUUCCAAUGUGCUGGUUAGUACGCUUUGUUUAUAUAAACACAUCUUCUGCGUGUAUUUCAGGCGCGGUGGGAGGGUCCAGCACUGUCGCAUUAACUCAGGUGAAGAUGGCAGUCACACUUAUUACUACCUGACUCCAAACCUGCACUUUCCCAGCGUGUACUCCCUGAUCCAGCACUACAGAGACAACCCGCUUCGCUGCCAAGACUUCGAACUGCGCCUCACUGACCCCAUGACACAGCCUGACCCACAUCUACAUGAAGGGUUUGUUAUACAUUAUAUUAUGAUACCGUGAUGUAGUUUUUUAACAUUUAUUUUGUGCUCACUCACAUUAAGAUUGAGUCAAAUUCAUCAAACACAGAGUGAAGUUGAGUUGAUAUCAUGACAUUUUGUUUCCUUUAAUUGUUUAUAGCCUUGAGUAUGUUCAUGUCUCUGGCUGAGCUGACCAACAAUCACAGAGGCUAAUACGCAUACGGUUGACAAAUACCUUACAAAUCCACUUCUUUAAUUAGUCAGCAUUAAUGUGCCAGCUCAGCUCCUUUCACAGCUGGAUGUUGAAUCCUAAAUAUGAGGAACAACUUCAGAUUGUAGGUUUUUUUCUUGCAAUUGUGCUUUUAUUAGAUAUGACAGCUGAAGAGAGUGGGGAUAACAUGCAGCAAAGGGUUGUGGUCAGGAGUUAAACCAGGAACCACUGCUACAAGGAUUACACCCUCUGUGUACUUGGGGUGUGCCUCCCCCCAGAUUUUACUUUUUCAUUGCCUCACCUACAUUUCAAGUUGACGUCCUUCUUGAGACUCCUCCUGAAGGAGCUGACUAUAACCCACUAUGAACAUGUAUAUUUAGUGCCACUUCUCUAAGAGUGAGAAUAUACAAACACACUGAAGGAGGGCAUCUGCUUGAAACAGUGGUUUGGAAAGUAAAAGGUAGAUACAAUUUGGAGUGCUGUUAUUGUUUUUCCUUACAGUUAAAUCAAGCCUCAUUACUUCUCAAUUUUGGUAGUGAUUACCAGGAAAUUACAAGGGAUUCACCUGCUACACCGGAGAGAGCAGAAGAAGAAAACUAACUAUAUUAGGUGUUAGAAUCCACCCAACAUCCUUUCUGUCUCCCUCACACAUGGUAAAGAUGUGCAUGCAGAUAUAAAAUGUCCCAACCUGAGCCAAAGUUUAUUGUGGAUGACUUGACUCCUGUUCACCCCACUUUCAUGGCAGGUGUGGGUGCAGGUUGUCAUGGAUUGUCCUUUUUGUAAAGCUCUGUGGUCCUGACAGUUUGAGACAACCUCCUUUAAUUUCCCUUACAGAGUGUCUCAAAGCUUUGAGUCUUUGAUGCACAUGUUGAUAUUUUUACACGCUCAUAUCAACAGAAAGUUCCCAUGAUUGAGACACACUCGAAACUUGCAUUAAAAUCAACACCGUAAUCCGAAUAAUCUGAAUUACUCUCUAUGUCAGAGUAAAACAGCGCUACGUUUGAGGAUAUAAAAAAUGUUAAUACUGGGUAUUGUUUCAUCCAUCACUGGUGGUUCAUAUCCACCCAUGCACUUCCUCUUCCUCUGUUCUUUGGGUUUCACUCUCUCUUAGACACAUUUAAACUAUCCCUAUUUGAAUAUGUUUAAAUUCUGUUUUACUGGCACGAAAAGAAUAAAAACACUCUCCUCACACACACAUAAUAUAAAAUUCCUUGUGUGUGUUAUGUAGGUGGUUUUAUGGUAAUCUGAGCCGAGGUCAGGCUGAGGAUUACUUGCUGAGGAUUCCCAGAGACGGAGCUUUCCUCAUCCGAACCCGAGAGGGAGAACCAGACUCCUACGCCAUCACAUUCAGGUGCUGUGACACUUAAAUUCUAUUCAACUGAUAGGAAGGUGUGUUUCUAGAUUAACUGAGUUCUCUCUUUUUUGUAGAGGGGAUGGGAAAGUGAAACACUGCCGCAUCCAGAAGAAGGGAAGUACUUACCUGCUUGGCACCACAACAGAGUUUGAGAGCCUAGUGGAGCUGGUGAACUACUUCAGGAAGAAGCCGCUGUAUCGCAAGAUCAAGCUACGUUACCCGGUCACUCCUGAGCUGGUGGAGCGCUUCAGCACAGUAAGUUACUGUAGGAGACAAAAAGUAUUGAUCAAAAAAAGUGUGUUGCAUUGACCCAUUGGGUUUUUCCUUGAAAUACACCUGAAAACGUGUACGUGGGGUUUAGUACAGUAAUUAGAAACUAAUUGGUAUAAAGUCUUUAGAAAAUGAGGACAGUGAUCUGUGAAAGAAUUUGAUGAAUUGACUGGAAUGCUGGCAGGAAUAACAUUGAAGUCAAUAAAGCCUGAGCUGAGGCAUCUGAGACCUGCGGCUCUAAAACUUCUUCAUCAUUUAAGACCCCCCAAAGUAUGAGAGAUAAAUGUAGGACCCAGGUUCAAAGAUACCUUAAAUCUCCUCUUGAACAUCUGUUACCUGCUCUUUGUUUUCCCCAAAGUUAGUAACAUGUUGUUUGCACCAACAGGAGAAAGACUGUGCCUCUCUGUAUGAAAUGAAGACCUAUGUGGAACCAAAUGAGAUUGAGCCUGCAUUGGUGUGUAUGAAACCACUCCAAAUGAUCAGCCUGGGCUGUCUACUAUCCUUCUGUGUGUCCUUUUAUGAACACAUUUAUGACAGUAUAUGUAUCUUUCUUCUCUAGCCUAAAAGUACAGUACGAGCUGUUUAUAGCUAUCAGGCUAAAAGACCAGAUGAGCUGAGCUUUAGCACAGGAGCUCUGAUCCACAAUGUUUCCAAGGAGAACAAUGACUGGUGAGUCUUACCCACAAACAAACACACGAGUUCAGCAACAGGCCAUAUCACUUCAUUGAGUCUUGGUUACAUUGUAAGGUUAGUUUACUCCGCUGCAUUAUACAUUCUUAUCUGAUUAUACUUGGCUAAAUAUAGCCCAGCAGUGGCCUUCUGUGUGGAGAAAUGGAGCAGAACUACAAAAGACCUCCGUUCCUCACAGCUACAUGACCAGACUCUACUACAUCUGCUGGUUCAAGCCGUGGUUUAGGAGAAGAAUUUUAUCCAGUUUGUCAAGUUAGGAGAAUUUUUCACCAGAUCCUCCUCUCUCACCUCUACUUUCACAUAUUGCUGUUGAAGUUUCAAAAUGACUCUGCUCUGCAGAGCGUUGAACUCCCCUGUUGUACAUAUGCUUACUCUUAAGUUCAAACUUUUUGGUUUUUGUGAGUGGGGUCCAACAUUUGACAAGCAUCCUCACCUACCCAAGCAUUGAUGAGACAUUUGACUUCAACCGUGCUCCAACCCAUGAGUCACUUUGUUUGUAGAUUAUAAGGCUGAUGUUAGUUGGGGUCCUAGAGCUGGAUUCUUGAAAUGUAAAGUGUGUUGAGUAUGUCUGGCUUUUGUUUAUCCAUGUUUUUUGAAAAGAAGUUGAAAAAGUUGAAUGAAAAGGCUGGACAAAAAGGACGGCACUGUGAUAAUGUGUGCUUGGCCCUCUUCUCAAUAAUGUAGUGUGUGUAGUGUAAAUUCUACAACAUUUUUUUUCUGAAUUAGCAACAAACAAGCUACAGGUAUGAAAGCAACCAACCAGAACAAUCCAUAUUAUCCUUUUCAUUUACCACCUUAGGUGGAAAGGUGACCACGGUGGAAAGUUGCAGCUGUUCUUCCCCUCUAACCAUGUGGAGGAGUUGUCCAACAACGCCUCACCUGAGACCAACAAUCAGGUGAGCACCAGGCCGUGGUUUUGUAAGAGGUCAGUUAUGUUGAAACUACUAAAGUUAAAAUUUAUGUGUUGAUCAUUUUUAUUUUUUGUGUUUAAACAGGACAUGGAGGACAACCCACUGGGGGAACUUUGCAAGGGUGUUGUUGAUAUCUCCAAAUGCAGCAUCCAAAACUGUGAGUUGUUUAAAUACCAGUCGCAUGCAUGGUGUACAGAAAAUCUAAUAUAAGGUCCAGCACAAAUAAGUCACACUAAUGUUGAUUUCUCUAAAAGUUUAACAAGUAUUUGGUCAGCAACUUAGGAAAUAUACUUUUUUCGUAACAUUCAACUUAUUUGAGAACUGAAUUAAGAGGUACAAUGUAAACCACAAAACAGUAUUUUGCAGAAUAGAAUUGUUAAAUAAAUGAUUAUUUCAGUUCAGAACACAUUACUCUCUCUGAAAUACUAACUGUGCUUAUGUUGACUUCGCAGCCAAGAAAGACUCGAUAAUUUAAACUGCAGAAUGCUAUUUUUAUAAUCUGAAAUAUGAAAUGAGUUAAUAACACUGAUUUCAUGUUCUACAUAAGAGAAUAUAUAUAAUCAAAAAAGUUUGCAAACAAACCUCCAGCAGGCAGCUUGCUGUGUUUAAAAUGUUUUCUUUUGGGAUAUAAAAAAAAAGCAAAAUUUUCACACACUUUUCAAAACUCGUUUUAUCACUCAUGGUUCAAACACAACUUCAUAAUUAUAUAUGAAGUUCUCUAUAACACUUUUAGGCUAUAAUUUACUCUUAUGGACACUUAUGUCAUUUUCAGAUCUGAUCAUUUUUCUGCAUGUCAUUUUGUUUCAUGAGCAGUUAUAACAAAUCACAGACCUGCUGUCUGGUAAAUAUAAUAUUAAGUGUAAUCAGAAAAUGAUGCAGAUCAAAAAUUCUACUUCAACACUCAUGCUCUUUAGAGCUGUAACUAGUCACUAAGGACUAUCUCGCAUACAAUAAACGCUCAUUUCUCGACCUUUUCCUUGAGACUGCUGCACCGUCUGCAAUCUUGAAAUGACCUUAGGAUGUUAUCGGUGCAAUUUUUAUAAUUUAAUCAGUUAUUUUUCUCUGUUUUCAAUGUUUUUUUAUUAUGUUUCAUGAAUUAAUCUAAAUGAGACUCUACAAAAAAGCGUAUCACUCCAUCUACAGCUGAGUAUUGGUUUUAAAAUGCAUUUUUCUGUAUUAUUAAUUCAUUACUUUUUGUCUUUUAGUCAUAUCUUUUUAAAUUAAAAUAGAAGUUUAAAUGGAAGUUGCGUCGCCCACUCCCUCAUACUCGCUGUGCCUCUCUGCAUACAACUUUCUUUCCAGUGAAGAAUGGCAAGAAUGGGAAGCCCCAUGUGUUGACUCUGCAGGACAUGGAGCAGGACAGUCUGCAGUUUGACCUGGCAGUAGACUCUCUGGAGGAGUUGUUUAAAUGGUACCAGCUGGCCUGGAACAUUACUCAGAGAGAGAUGAACAGACAGUACAACAGGGAACAAGAGGUCAGUGUUUCAAAUCUAUAAGGAAAUGUAAAGUGUUGGAACCAGAAUAAAGAAGAAAGCAUAAAACCUAGUGCACAUAUCAGUGUUAUGACAGAUCAUACAUAUACUGUCUACAGUGCAUCAUUAAAACAUACUCUUUACUGUAAAGUAACAAUGGAGUGUUGAAGUGGUGGCCUGUCAGCGUAAAUGUACAAACAGGAAGUGGCUGUGUGUCUGUCCAAUCUCAGAUCAGACAGCAGGAGGAAGUGGAGAAGAAAGCAGAGGUUGCCAUGGAGAUGUCAGACCUAGUAGUCUACUGUCAGCCACGAAGCAAGGAGAAGGACCACUUUGGUAAACACUUACCGAUGCACAUGCACACAGAUCACAGAGACCAAGAAACACAUGCAACAAGAUGAUAGUGAAUGGUGUUACAACACCUCAAAUGCACAAGCUUUACCGCAACUUCACAGUCCAAACUGUCUGUCUUUUCACUGUGAAGAGUUGAUGAAAAGCAAGUAAUUACCUGCGGUGUUGAAAAGUAAAUACAAUGUGGUGCAAAAGUGGAAAAACUGCAUUGAUCCUCCCCAAGUGUCAGCUUAAGAUUGGCUUCAAAUGCCAGUGCCAAAGUCCCUUUACUGUCAAAGAAACCCCUCAUUUGUCUGGUUCAGACAAGUGAAACAAAACAGUUUUGGUCUUGAUUCCUCGGUUUUUCAUUUAUGACAACCACUCUGGGACUAACUUUUAAAUGAGUAGUUUGCAUAGUUAGUAGUAAAUAGGGGCAUGGCUGAGUUGAGUGACUGGUGUGCUCCACUCACCUCGACUCCACCUUAACUCCACGCUUUUGCCCAGUUCUGGAUAAUUUGGGAUGAAGUGUCAGUCGGUAUUUUCAUCAUAGAGCCCAGCACUGUUGGGCUUCAUUAGACCUCUUUGGAAACCAGCUGGCUGUAUCCCGGCAGUUGGAUCUUAUUAACUGGAAAGAUAAGAGUAGAACUGAACAAUUACUUUAACUCAAAUUGAAAUCACUGCUCCCUGUUAUUAUAAAAAUAUGUUAGUUAAAGUGAACGUUUAUUGUGCUGCCUGCGAUGUAGCACUGGUUUUGUUCUCAUAACCCAUUCUCACAUGGUUAAUAUGAGGCUAUAAAAGGUAAAACUGUUGUUACUCGUUCAUGCAUUUUUCAAAGAUUCUUGCAUUUUUCAGUUUUCAAGAUUUUUUGUUUUUUGUAAAUGAAUGUAAUUCAGAAGUCAAAGUAUAAAUUAUCAUAUUGAAUAACAGUUUUAAAAAAUCGUCCAAAGUUUUGCCAUAGUCCAGUAGCCCUAAAUGAGAGUGUUGUAGUUAGUCCAAAAACUGUUAUUUUCUGAACUUACAAAUUCAUUUUCACUGUAAAAGGGAUUAUUCAAAUAAGUGCUUCAACAUUUUUGUUUGAUUUGUAAAAUGAAUUUUAAAAGUUUGAUUCAAAUUUUCCAAGGUUAUGCUUAUCCGGAGAAAUUCAUUCAUAAAAAUGAAACUGCUCAAUGCAGAUCUAGACAGAAGGAACCAUGGACACAUGGCCACACAGUGUCACAAACUGCUUGAAAUCUAAUUGGACGUUAUGUUGCCAUGCAGCGCUAGAGGAUGUGCAGAGGGAUUUUUUUUCUGUUAUUUUCGUACAUUUUUUGGUAUAUUGUAUGGCUAUCACCACAGCAACUAAACAACAUAUCAUCAUGAAACCUCAACAUCAUCAUCAUUAUCAUCAUCGUCCCAAAUGCCAUUUUCAUCAUCUUCUUUAACGGUGCUGAGUUGUUUCCAAACACAGAGGAAAAACUGACUGUCUAUUUCUGAGGUGUCUCACCUUAUUUGGUGAGGAUCAACUCUUGCUGUUCCUGCACCACAGUUUAGUUCUCAAACAAACAGGAUGUGGCUGAAGGAAAAAAUCACAAGACCAAGAUGUUUCCUGUGAGCCACAGACCUACAUUUGCACAUGCAAAUAAAAAGCCUACUCUUACAACACCUUUUAUUACCACAUUUUGUAUUUGCAUUAAUUCCUAUUAUUGGCAUAAUGUUGCUGUCGGGCAGAAACCUUGUAUCCCAGCCAUUUUGUCAUCUUUUAUAAAGGGCAGUUGGAUUUUUAACAUUUAACAAAUGGAAAGUAUGUAAGAAAGCUUGUGGUUGAGUCUCAUGCAGUUAGGUGACUUGAAAACAUAAGGGUUUUUUUCUUCCUGUGAAGUUGUGGUUUUGGAGAUAAAAGGUUUCUGUCUAACUGUAGCAGUAAGAGACACAGAAGUUAAUGAAGAUGUCAGACUUUGCCGUUAUAAGACUGGCAGCCAUCAUCACAUUAUUUAAAAAACCUUUGACCUAUUUUGUUCAAUUUGACCCAAAAUACUGAGCGAGCUACACAGUCUGCACCAGAUGUUCAGAACUAGCAAAAACUAACUAGCUAACAGUGUGCAACCUGCAAUCACAAAUCACCUGACGCCUCAUUUGAGAAAAAAGCGAAGAAGAUGUAAAGACAGUUUGAAACAACCAGCUAUGAAAUACAAAGAUAAAGAUGGUCGGUGUUAACACAGACUGUGCACAGUUUCAGUCUUGUCUUUGGCUGUGAUAGGCGCACAUUAGCUGACUCUGCACCUUAUAGAUGACUUUCCUCUUCUUUGUCUCCAGACAGCUACAAUUACAAAGAGAUCCGGUCUUUUGUGGAGAACAAGAUCCCUGGAAAGAGCCGCACUAAGGAAUUUCUGCAGUACAACCGAAAGGCUCUGAGUCGAGUUUACCCAAAAGGCCAGCGUGUCGAGUCCUCCAACUAUGACCCUUAUCCACUGUGGGCUGUGGGCUGUCACAUGGUGGCACUAAACUACCAGACUGCAGGUACAGAAGAUUAUCUGAGCUGAGAUCACACCAAUGACAAAAAUAUUUAUUGAUAUGGAUGGAAACAAUAUUGAUUUCUCAACCAAUACCAUGAUCAUUCUCAUCAUUUCUACCCAUUUUCUACUGUCUUUGGUACAUCUAUAAUGGUUUAGAUUUAAAUAUAUAAUGUAAAUGUGAAUAAGGUCUGUUUUACCAUGAGGUUGAUUUGCAUCUAAGAGAUGUUCUUUGCUUUGACAUGAAUGCAUAAGAGCUCAUUUGUAAGUAUGCAAACAGCACUGGUGCACAGUGACGUAAUGAUGCACUACGUGAAUUAGAUGGUGUCUGUUUGGCUCAUUUGCGCAAGGUUAGCAGCAAGCACAGACCUCCAGGGAAUCAAGCUCAGAGUUGUUUGCUUUUGUAAUGCCAGGUUGUUUACUGCCAGGCCAGAGUGGGAACACAUUUGAACAUAGCAACGACAAAACUAUAGUCAGUAUUUCUAGAAAUACCCAGCUGUUGAGGGCAUAAAUAUGUAAGUGUCCCAGUUGGCAAUUAUCAAAAAGUUGAUGCACAAAACACAGCAAGCUAUCGCUCAUUUCUUAAACUACACACACUGUAAUCUUUGAACUGUAACAUCAGAAUAUCAACAGUAUAAAAGGCGAAUAGUAGCAUGCUAUACUCAAAAAUGGAAGGUAUGUCUCAACCUCCUCGGGACAGGUGCUGAUCAUGCUGGUAACAGUUAUGGAGCCUCGGUCUGUGGGGAAGCCACAGUAUUAAUAUAGCCCCCAGUCCACUAACCAAACCACAUAUUACUCACUGAUACAACAAAAAGAGCUGUCAGGUCACCUCGGUCUACAGCUGAACAGCUUGUUGUUGACACCUUCAUUCAUGGAAAGUUAAAUAUCUCUGGAGCCAGUGAUUGUCUGUGUCGGUCCAGCACUUCUGGAGCUGUAUGUGUCAAAUUACAUCAAAUUACAGCGUCUUUUAAUCGUGAAAAAAAACAGUGAAAACCAAAUUCAUGACACAAAUUAGCAUGAUGGAAACUUUUGCAUCAUGACUGAUGUUUUAGAAAAAUUCAGACUUUCAUUUUGAUCUUAGAGUUUGAUCAAUGUCUUAUCUCUCUAUGAAGUACAUCCAGUCUGGGGGGAGCUCUGAGUUUUUUGGUUUCACUUUUGGGGGUCUGUCAUGUUGUCCAUGUUUUCCUAUAGUUUAUACUGUAGUAGCACAAUAACUAUGUAAAUUUGCCAAAUAUUCAGGGGAAAGUGGACAGAGAGUGACAGGAUGUGGCAACACAUCUACAUCCAUCAUCCAAUUCUCUGUGGAGGCUUUUUAUGAUCACUUCAUUAGCUUAGUGCCCAAAGACCAUCUACAACUGUGAUCACAGCUGUAUGGUUAUCAAUUCUGUGUGAUUGUGCCCAGACAAAUUCACCCAGCUGAACAGCGCCCUCUUCAGCCUGAAUGGACAAACGGGUUACGUGCUGCAGCCAGAGUUCAUGCGCCAUGAUAACUAUGACCCCCAACAGGACAAGGCCAAAGUCAAGUACAACAUUUUGGUUAGGGUAAGUGUCUACUUAAAUACAGACUCUUUUUUUCUUUGUUACUGGUUACAUUAUGAGCUCCUACAGAUGUAAAACUUUUGAUCAGGUAGGAUCCAUCCUGCUUAACAGCUGUCGCAACGCUAUUUUAGGAGUAAUAUGACAAAAGGGAUUAGCUUUACUGUGAUUUGGGUUUUGUGAUGUUUUACUUUAAAUCAGUUUAAUUAGACUGCAGGUACAUGACACAGACAAGGGAAAGGUUUGCAAGAGAUUUCUAGAGUUAAUGGUACUGGAUGAAAUGAGGAGAGCUGACCAGCAGACAUGUCCACAGGAGGUGCAUAGAAGUAACUCAAAAAACGAACUUACAGAUUUGUAAGGUUGAGGCUGGACUGUGUGGUUUGGUGCUAAGGCAUUCAGAAGGAGGCACUGAAAAAGAGGGAAGAGAGCACAAGCUUUAUCGUCUCAAUCCUCUAGUGAAAUAACUUUAAGACAGGACUUUAAAGAGUCCAGUUAUUGCAGAAAAAGCAGAGGUGAUCAGGCAGCUUGCUGGGAACCAGAAAGGGGUGAGAAGCUGCAGCUGACUGGAGCCUGAUGGGCUGCAGCUGGGCCUGUUGAGAGCCUCAGACCAGGAAAACCACAACUCCAGCCUCUGAAACAAAUGAAUAAGAAACACAAAAACAUAACACAAAGCCAGAAAAACCAACCUUAACCAAUUCAACUAAUUCAAUUCAGCUGAAAAGGAAUACACAAAAUAAACUCAAUGAGUCCAAACUGUGACAGGUGUAAAUGCUCUUUUUGAUCAAUCUUUAAUAUUUUGAAUCUUAAAGUCUCCCAACCAAAACAGAGACCAACAUCAUUUGGAAUUUCGCCCUGUGGGACUAAUAAAGGAAUAUCUUUAUACAUCAUAAAAUGUGUAUUUCUUGUCCUCUGUAAGGGUAUCUAAAGCAAAAACACUAUAAUAUGUAAUUAAUUAUUUAUGCACUAAAAGGAAAGGAUUUUAAUACUUUGUACUAUUUUAACUCUUGACUUUGUAGUUUUUGAGCAGUUAGUUUGGACGGAGCACAAUACCUUGUACUCCUUAAAUACUUGAGUAACACACAAAACACUGAAAAGACCCUAAAUAGAGACUGGGGUAAGUGAGCACUUCCUGUGUUUUGUGGGUCGAAAUAAGGCUUUCAUAAAUUGAGUCUUGUGGCUUUGAAAAAAAAUAGUUGUAGCUAUUUCUGGUUUAGGAAACGUAUUGAGAAAGUUUUUCUUGUUGCCUCGGUCUUCAAAUAAAAGUCUGGGUCUUCUGUGGCAAAGGCAGGCACUCCAAAGUACAGACAUGGAAAGCAUUUGCUUUCAACAAUUACUCUGAAGUCACCAUAACCAUUUGUGCAACUGUUGCCAUGCAAUCUGCUUUUAAGUUCAGGAACUCUACUAUGUUAACAAAUUAGUACACUGAUUAGUCAUUAAGACCCCCAAAUUAUUAUUAUUAUUUUAAAAUUGAUUUUUUUUAUGAGGUGCGUGAGGUUAACUAGCAGGUGUUUAUGUUGCAACAGUAAGCAAACAGGAUGAAUAGCAGUGGCAGACAUUUUGCAAUGUGUUCGUUCUCCGCAGGUGAUCGCAGCCAGACACCUUCCAAAGUCCGGACGCAGCAUUGCCAGCCCAUUUGUGGAGGUGGAGCUGUGUGGACACACAGAUGAGAAGUUUAAGACCGUAGUGCAUCGUAAGGAAACAAGCAUGGGGGGGAUGGGGACAGUGAAAGUUGUACUGUGGCUGGUAGCAAUGAGGAACUCUUUUGAUUAUUCAAAUAGUGCUGCUUUUCUGUGUGAUGCAGAUGAUAACGGUCUGAACCCGGUGUGGAAAGCCCCAGCAGAGUCGAUAGUCUUCUCUGUGUAUGAGCCUGAGCUCACCUUCCUGCGCUUUGUGGUCAAUGAAGAGGACAUGUUCUCAGACCCUAACUUCCUGGCUCAGGCCAUGUUUCCUGUAAAAGGCCUCCGCUCAGGUGGGAACCAUGCACAGAGUCACAUAAACACACAACACAGAAAGCUUGCAGUCUUCUCAAAGCAACACGAUUGUGGAACAAUUUUCAUCCCGAGUAUCAUCAUCUGGUAGAUUCUGACUCCUAUAUGAAACAGUAUACACAACCCAUUUUUACUGCUGAUUUAAAAUGAAAACAAAAUGUGUUUGAUCCAAUUUUAAUAAGUUCCUGAUUUCAUCAAAGUAUAAAAAUCAAGCAGCAAAGGCUCCUUAAAUUAGGUGGAAAUAAAAUCUGUCAAAUGUUCCUGAAGAAUCCUCUCUGUACUUCUUCACAAACACUAAUUUUAGAUUUAUAAAUGAAAUUAGACAGACAGCAGUGAAUGUCGAUAAACCACAAGACCAAAUAUUUUCUUAUUAUUUUAAAUGAUCCCAAUAUUUCAGGAAUGAUGAAGGGAUGGCAAUGCUAAGGUUUGAAAUUUCAGUACAAUACAGAUACUUUUUAAUGCAUUUUAACUGAUAUUCAGUAUUUCAUGGGCAGGAAUAAAACAGGAAAAAUAAGCAGCCGAGAAAGAUUUAAUAAGCAGAUUUAAAUUUAAAACUAACACAUACUCUAUCAUUGACCGUUUGAUUGGUCUCCCCUGUCAUGUGACAAUAGCAAAAAAAUGUCAUGAAAUAAAAGUGACUGACAGCAUGAAGACAAGUAGUUAUUGGAGUUUUGUUGAAGCCCUCACCUGGAAAAGAUGUUUUUGAUAGUAAUCAACAACAAAUGAAUAAUAUGUAAAUGCUAAAGUAUCAAUAUCACAUGUAUGGAUACAGUUGUCUCAGUUUGGAUUGAUUGUAGGAAAACAUCGCCAAAGAGUGGACAGUGAUUCUGCAGCAGUUUCUGUGCCGUCUAAUGAAGAAGUAAAACCUGAUGAUAAUUCCCUACAGUCUUUGUCUCAAGAAAAUGUACACCAAGUUACAUUUUUUUAUUUUACAUAGAUAGGAGCAAACGAAAUUAACUUUUUUAAUCUACUGAAUUUCAUUGACUUUUGCAAAACGACUUUUCCCCCUAACUUUCAGUUUUUUAGAUAAAUUUCAGAAUUUAAGCACAACUAACAAACAAUAACUCAAUGCUACCUCAAAGUGCAGUAUUAAUGGGCCAGACAUUUAUUACAGUUGCAAAUACCUUCUUUUUCUGAAGUAUAAUUACUCAAAUAAUGUACAAUAAUAACAUAUCUCAUCCUUAUUUGUUCACUGUUUACAUUUUAUUUUAUUUUUUGAAUACAACAUUUUCUGUAUCGGUCUAAGUUAACAUUUUUAUAUGUUUUAUAUGCAUAAAGUAGAUGAUUAAAGGUUUAUCUUUAUCUUUAAAAUCCUCAAGGGGGGGCUAGAUGACUGAGCAUCGAUCAGUGCACUCCAUAAAGGCAGCUUCUCACCACAGUCUCCCUGUUUUGCACGUUUUUUUUCAGCCUCUGUCACAUCAGACUGCCUCCUUUUGUUUUGCUGUAGGACUACUGAGAAAAAGCAUGCUGUGAUUUUCUCCAACUUUAGCUUCAAAGUCUUGACUCAGACCCAAUCAAAUUCAUCAACUCCUAAUGUUUCAUACACAAAUGUACUUCCUAUCAAGUUCAAUGAGGUUUCUCUUCUUGUGUAGUGUAAAUUUGACAUGCACACAAAUUUACACACACACUUCUACCCCACUGGCUCACAGGGAUCCUCUCUGUCAUGCCCCUAUUAUAAAUGUUGCUAACAUCUAUGAUACAAGCACACUAAGGGAAUACCUUGAUCGCACCAUCAUACAUCUAUUUUUAUAGCAAGACAACGGAGGGGAAUAAAUGCUGCACUUUCAGUUGGUAACAUGUAAAGUGACGGUUAUUACAGCUCCUCUUUGCCCUGUGUUUGUUAAGCAGGUUGAUCUAGACCUAAACAGCAUUUUGAAUCGUAAAAUUAUGUUGUAUAAUGUGAUGUGUAACUCAACAUUCAGUGUUUCAAAUGUGAGCUUAUCAGAUGUUUGUUUAUUUCACCAGGUUACCGCUCUGUACCUUUAAAGAACGGCUACAGUGAAAACUUAGAGUUAGCUUCUCUGCUGAUCUACAUUGAUGUGCAGCAAGCAGGGGUGAGACGAAACACACACCACACACAUCAGCAAUUCUAUAAUGUUGACAAUUUAGAGGUGUGUUCAGAGGUGUUUCUUGUCCUUUAGACAGCAGAAGAGGAGCUGUACUCAUCCUCUAGCCAGCUGAAGAAAAAGCAGGCCGAGCUCAACAGUGAACCCUUCCUGUACGAUACACACACCAACCUCCAGCGCUCCAGCCUCCCACGUCAGAACCUCAGCAGAGAGUCCAGCACCAGCGAGAGACACAAGUGAGUCUCAACUUCACAAGGUGUGUGAAUGGGUAACAAUUAAAUGUGACGAAUACUCAGUCUGACCUGUUCUCCUUUGAUUGUGCUGCAGGCCAAAAGAUAAGAAGAUAAACAACAGUAAGUUCUACUCUUGAGACUUAAAGGAAGCUCACCUGUCUGCAUCCUUCCUACAUGAGCAGUGGAGAAACGUUGACCACAAAUCCAAUGUCAGAAAAGCUCAAUCUAUUUAUUCAGAUGUGUAAUCUGGUUAUGAAGAAUUGUCAAAUUGCAGUGUGAAAUACUAAAAUGUGCUUUUCCCUGCGCUGUUUACGAUUGAUAUAAGAUAAUUAACAUGUGGACCCCGAAGAGGAAUUCAGUAUUUAUUAACCAAGCCCUUUUUACCCCUUUUUUAGCUUUGAAUAAAUAAAAGUUGUACAAAUGCAGCUCUUCAGGCAGCAGCUGUGAGACUGUGAUUCAAAGUAUAUUUAAUAAAAAACCCUUAGUUUAGUUCGCAGACAGACUUAGAAUAUUUUUCACGAUUUCUAAAAACUAUUUCAUCAAGAGCCUGCAAAGAUAACACCCUUUUUACCAGUAACAUACAGCCGUUGGACCUCCUUGACAAAGACUUGCACAGCACAGGGGGCGCUGUUUCACUCCUUAAUGCAAACAUUUAUCUUCUAAUUGUUCCUGUAAAUAAAAUUGUCAGAAACUAAUAACAACACCUGAGUCAUGGUAGAGGCCUAUCUGUCAUUUUCACCUUAUCAUGAGAAAAAAUGCUUUACCUUGUAAUAUUGCUAUCUAGCAGGAAACCAAGAUUUCAACAUUUAUUUUUGGUUAAAAAAAAAUUGGCCUUCUUUUAAUCUUAACUUUAGCUAUUUGUAACCAGUGAAAAUUUGACCGUGACUCAAGCAUGUCCACCUUGAAAAUGUAAAACUCUUUUAUUUUAGUCUGAAAAGAAAAUUAAAUGAGUCUUGGGCUGCGUUUGUCUUAAGCUGCUGCAAACCCAGCUGUAGUAGCAAAGACAUCAUUUCAAUGUAUUUUAUUUUAAUACAAAAGACUUCACUCAGCCUAUAAACUGCAGAUCAUGAUGACAAAAAGUUCCAGAGGAGGUAGUUUUGAACUCUUUCCAUUGCAGACAAAAAAAUAAUGAAUUACACAUGCUCAAACACUUAGGCUGCAAAACCUCGAUGGUAGAUUUAGACACUGUCAGGAGGUUUGUAGAUACUGCUGGCUAACAUGGAAAUGUGUGGCAUAUAUUGUAACUCAGAUUAUACAUAUUAGCUUUUCAGUGGGCUACUGUGAUACCCUUCUUACUUUGACAGUCUGUUAAGCUGUCACAUUUAAGAGAAGCAGCUUGAAAAAUAAAUGUUUUAAUUUGGGGAUUUUACUCCUUUAUUGAGCAAAUAUGGUGGUUAAUUUGGUAUGGCAUGGCAUGGUCUUUAUUGUCAUUGCAACUGUGCACAACGAAAUUGCAUUUACAGACGGGGAAAGUACACACAAGAGGGAGGGAGAGGAGGAGGUAAAAAAAGAGAGACUGCUCUCAUUAAUAUGAGUGCAGUGACAAAAAAAACCCUCAGCAACAUGAGCACAUUACUGACACCACAUACACAGAGAUUCAGAGACAUGCUAUGGUUGUAGGGGUGGGGAUAGUGGAAUGGGUCAUCAGUGAUGGUGGGAAGCCCACAGCUGCUGCCCACGGGCGCCGCCAGUCAGGGUACCACCCACCGCACUGAGGGGUGAAGCGUCAAAGGCGUUGGGUGGGGGAGAGGAGAGUGUAGAUUUCCCGAUGAAUUAUGGUCAACACAUAAUCACUGAAUCUAUAUUUAUAAAUGGAGGUUGAAAACAUUCACUUUUGAACCAUUUUUAAUGAUCUUCAAUAGUGGCCAUUUAAAGUUACAGAAGUGGGAUAUUGGUCACAGGCUUUAUUUAGAUAUGACUGAUUGGGAAUGUUUCUAUGAUUCAGGGCUUUCUGGGAAAUGUAACAUUGCCAUAACCAUUACCACAGUUAGAAUUAGUGAAGCAGGUGAAAAGGUGACUUCACUAAAAGAUGUCAGGUUGUAACAUUUCCUCUGAGGUGCCAUCAUUGCUUAUCAAUCCCUCAUUCAGUCUGUUUUCUAGUUUUAUCGUGUUAAAUGUAGGCAACACUGGUACUUUGAUAUUUAUUUGUAGCUGAAGGAGAAUGUUUACCCACUAAAAUAAUAGUUUCAUUGCAGAAAAACAAAAUGUCUGGCUUCAGCGCUUGAGUUGAAUUCUUGUGUGUGUCUUUUGAAUGACUUGGAUGUAGGGAAAAUGUUUUUGCUGUGUGUUCUCAUCAGUGUGUGUGUGUGUUUUAUAAGUUUGAAUUUAAGGACAAAUGAAUGAAAGCAGGAUACUCAAUCCCUUAAAGUUUAACUAUAUCAUUUGAAACUUAAUAAUGUUAAAAGCUUUGACAUUUAAUUCCUCUGUUACCUUUAAAUGAAGUCAAUAAAGCAUGCUUGUUAAACGAUA